CACCUGCAUAGGUGACACACACCGAGGACACAACACAGCCGGCUGGAUAGUUACUCGGUCACUGACUCUUUAGCCUGCUAGACUUAGUUAAGUUAAUCAUCGGUGUCAGGACGUCCGUCGUGUCUCUGUGUGUGUUCACAUCCUGGAAUGGAAGUUUUGGGAGAGCAGUGCUACAGAGAUGCCUUGGAGCAGUGUCACAACUACAACACUCGGCUCUGCGCUGAGAGGAGCGUCCGGAUGCCKUUCCUCGACUCUCAGACCGGUGUGGCACAAAGCAACUGCUACAUCUGGAUGGAGAAGAGACACAGGGGGCCAGGCAUGGCUCCGGGGCAGCUCUACACUUAUCCAUCCAGGAGGUGGAGGAAGAAACGGAGAUCUCAUCCUCCAGAGGAUCCUCGGCUCAUCUUUCCUCCUGUCAAGUCAGAGCUGGAUUUGGGUCUGAAGAAGGAGGGUCUGCUGUCAUCAGAUGGCAGCAGCUUAGAGGCCCUACUGAAGGGGGAGUCAGUGGACAAGCGGGCGGCCACAGACCUCCGGGGUUCUGAGGAAGAUUUAAACCAGAGUGAUUACACAGGAAGCCUGAACCCCGCCUCCCGGAUCAGAAAGAGAAUCCUGGAGCCAGAUGACUUCCUGGAUGACCUCGACGAUGAAGACUAUGAGGAAGACACGCCCAAAAGAAGAGGCAAAGGGAAGGGGAAGGGCCGAGGAGUGGGCAGCGGCAGGAAGAAGCUGGACACAGCAGCCCUGGAGGACAGAGACAAGCCCUACGCCUGUGACAACACUAUCAAACAAAAGCAUAUUUCAAAAUCUUCUGAACGAGUCUGUGGGAAGCGCUACAAGAACCGUCCAGGCCUGAGUUACCACUACACCCACUCCCACCUGGCUGAGGAGGAGGGCGAGGAGAAGGAGGACACGGAGAUCAGCGAGCCCCCCCUGCCGCUGCCCGAGGAGCCAAAAACUCCUAAAAAGGGUCCAGAUGGUCUCGCGUUGCCUAAUAAUUACUGUGAUUUCUGCCUGGGAGACUCCAAAACCAAUCACAAGACGGGCCAAUCAGAGGAGCUGGUGUCCUGCUCAGACUGCGGGCGCUCAGGCACGUUCAGCUUUUAUGGACCAUCUUUUUAUGUUCCUAAUGUAGAAGAAAGAACGAGCGUUUGUGUUUUCUGUCUGCGUUCAGGCCACCCGUCCUGCCUGCAGUUCACUCCUGUCAUGAUGGCUGCUGUGAAGACGUAUCGCUGGCAGUGCAUCGAGUGUAAAUGCUGCAACAUGUGUGGCACCUCAGAGAACGAUGACCAGCUUCUCUUCUGUGAUGACUGUGACAGAGGUUAUCACAUGUACUGUCUCAACCCACCCAUGUCUGAACCUCCUGAAGGGAGUUGGAGCUGCCAUCUAUGUUUGGACCGUUUGAAAGACAAGGCGUCCAUAUACCAGAACCAGCCCGCGUCAUGAUGGCUGCUGCGGCCGGCGCUCAGUCGUCACCCGACCGUCCUGCAGCUGCUGCGUGGUUUGUCCCUGAAGACACACGAUGACGUCCCCUCACYGGCUGACCUCAGAGGGGGUGGGGGUGUUCUGAACAGACGAGUUGUGAAAAGGGAAGUAAACUUUAACCAGCCUGGCCUCAGUUAGCACGACUGUUACACAGGUCCAACCUCAGAUUUGCGUCGGAUAGGUUUUUGUUUUGUUUUGUUUUAUUUUCACCUGCUUGCCAUGGAGUUUGGCAGCGCUCGUUUGAGACGCAGCACAAUUAUCUGAACCGUCACUUUUUGUCGAG